GCAGCUAUUGUACUGUGGUUUCUUUGUUUUGAACUGGCUUAGCGGUUUUUUAAUUUUGGCGUUUCAGGCGCGUCACAGCGAUGAUGUUAUGGAACAUUUGAUUUGGCGAUCUUCAGUAAAAUUGACCAAAUUGCCAGAUUUUCCAGUUAUACUGUAGCACUGACAGCUAUUUUGAAUAUUGGCUGCAAAAAAUUAUUACUAAUAACUGACUAUUAUAGCUAUAGCCCAAAAUGGACAUGCAAAUAAACAAUAGCCAUAAUUAUCAGCAGUAUUGCCUAAUUGUUGAUGUGUACAGUUAGAUACACACUUACCUCUACUUGAACAUCAAUUGACAUUGGCUACUGUGAAAGUAGAAGAUCAAAGUGUGCAAGAUGACAGCAACAUGUACAGUGGUGGUAUUAUUUGUUGCUACAGUUACAGGACUAGUGCUUGGUAUAGGUCAGGUGGUUGAAAUUGCUUCAGAUUUAGACGCAGCCGGUCGUAACUUUUCCUGCACUGGUGAAGUUGUCACAUACACUUGUUGCGCUCAAGGAACCACCCUGUUUGUACAGUUUCCACCAUUAAUAAAUCAGCAAGCAUUCAUUAGCAGUGAUCCUGUUCCUGAUGUUCAGACAUUCCCUACUGCUCUGAAUGUUAUUCUGACCCUGACAAGUGGAAUGCCCAAUUUUACUGCAAACCUGCAAAUCAGAGUGUCAAGUGAUCUGCAGCAGAUGAAUUUUUCCUGUUCUACGGACAUUUCUGGCCCUCAGAACGAUUUUGUACUAACACUAAUUCAUGAAGCACAAAUUGAGCCACCUUCCACUGUGACAUUCUCUGGAGACACGACAGUAUCAUGGACCCCACCUUUGAACCCCCAGUUUGAUAUUGAUUAUUAUAUUGUGAGAAUUUACGUGGAUGAAGUGUUGUACACGACUAGGAGCUCUCGUGACAAUGGUCUGGACGUUACGUUGCCAUCUGGAGAAAUCACUGCUGAUGUCCGUACUGUUAGCACUUGUGGCAGCAUUAGCGCUGCGCGACAGUCAGUGGGAUCAGUCUCAGGAGGAUGUGCAAAUGGAUCAGUCUCCAUUGCAGCUGGCUUUUUGGUUCCCAUUGUUCUCAUCAUCAUCGCUGUUAUCGUAUAGUACUGGCUAUUGACCAAUUGGGAGAAAAAAAAGAUUUGAAGAGAGUCCUGAAACAAGUCUGUCAAGCUAGGACCUUUAGUUAACAUACAUUAUGAUACAGUUUGUAUUAUUAAAAUGAGUAAUUAUGGUACUGUCCUAUAAAAGGGACCAACUGAGUAUUGGGUGGGAUGGUGGGGCAUAAAUCCCAAAUGGAUAUCUCUUAAAGAAAUCUACUGCAUUUACACACAGUGCAAGUGCAUAUAAUCCAGUGCAUUAUGCCAUAUAAUGCAGUGCAAUAUAUGGUAGCCAUGGCAGUGAUGCAACAUGCCAUAUACUGAGCAAUGGAUUGCUUUGAUCUGCCCACUCACUGGGCAACAAGCAUGUGUAUAAUUAUAUUCAGGCUUUGGGACACGUUAACACAUACAUAGUUAUACACCUCAUUUUACAUUUAGCAUUUAGCUAAUCAUAAUUAUAUAUAUAUAUACAAGCCUCACCCUCGGUUUAUAGGCAUACAAAAAUGAAAAAACAUUUUAUUAUCUCAUAAUUGCAUGCUUGAAAUAGUUCUUAGUGCAUGUAACAAUCUCAGAGGUGUAUAUACGUACGGUCGAUCAACAAUAUGACAUUAUUUAUAUAAGUAAAAAACUGCGCACAAAAAUAUACCUUUUCAUAAGUGGCAAAAAAUUUGCGCAAAUUGCCAUUUUUUUAGGAUGACCGAGGUGACACUUAACUUAUGGUGGCGGUGUAAUUAGAUACAUCAACCUACGACAGCUUGUUUUUACUUUAUAUAUGCAAUAUCUAUACUCACCACAGUGCAUGCUUUAGCUAAUUGCUUAACUUGUGUCAAUCAGGACCUUUCUUUUUCUUGCAUGUGUCACAGCCAGCCAUAGUCACCCCUUUUUCUACUUUGUUCAGAAAUCCUUUGCGGCUUUAAUUCGAGGAACUUCACUACAUAAGCACUAGCACUAAAACUGCAUGGAUCCCUGCAGGCUUCCUUGCUGGUCCUAUAGUCCCAGCAUAGCCUAUUAUAGGUCCCAGUGAGUGAUGUGUAUUACCAAGAGUUCAUGGUAUGACCUAUCACUGUAGACUAAAAACGUUUUUAAUUUAGCUUUACGCUACUGCCUUGGUGAGGUUCAUGGUUAAACUGCAUGUUGCCUUGUUUAUAAUAACAUUCUAACAUUGCCUUGUUUAUAAUAAUGUACCAGUAUUAAUUUUACUUUUUUUAUAGUUGCAUAAUAUAUAUAUAACUACUUUUAUAACACUCUAUAGUUGUAGGACAUAAUUAUAUAAAUGUCUGGUUUAGCGCUCUAGUUCUGGACUGUCUAUAUAUAGUAGUCGACUAUAGACAUUGAAAGUGUCUAUAUAGACUAUAAUUAUGUUGUUAUAAUGAUCGUUAUCUAUUGUUCUAGUUUAAUCUGCACACCAGAAGUCAAUUAGCAUUAUUUAUUAGAUGCAGCAAUUGCAAUGCAGCUACAAACAGUUAUUAUUUGCAGCACCCAGCUGUUCGUACUGGCUGCUGCUACUCUGACAUCCACUCCCACUGUGGCCUGUCCUGGUGACACUGUCAUCUUCACCUGCACUCUACCUGGUAGUCUCAUACGAUGGAAAGUCACUCCUCCAACGGUUCAAGGACCUUCGUUUAGAUUGACUUUAAUAUUCACCGGCAGUGAAAAUUUCGCUGUGACUGAGGGUAAUCCAGCAUUCCGAGGUGUUCUCACUGACUCCAGCGGAGGAAUGCUCACUGCCACUCUCACCUCACUGUCUGAGGCCUCCAUUGUAGAAGGUACUAUGGUGUUGUGUGAGGGAGCAAGCUCACAAGAGGGUCCUCUCACUAUCACUGUGGCUGAUUCACCCUCCCCUCCACUGAAUCCAAGGGUGUCCUCCUCAGCCCAAAACCAACUCAGCUCCUCUAUUAUCACUCUGGAGUGGGACCCUCCCUCCUCUACUGGUGGUGUGUCUGUCAGCUAUGUCCUCAUCAUAUCCCUAAAACCUCUCUCCGGGUCACCAGUCACCGUGGAGACUACCUCAGCACAGAUAACUGUCUCAUACAACACUCCCUACAAUGUGACAAUCAGAGCUGACAACUGUGCUGGAAUGAGUAAUGAUGUGAUGAUGAUGAUUCUUCCUAUUGUUACCUGCCCCUCCAACCCAAUACCUGCGAACAGAGUGACCAUCAAUGGUGCUCCUCCACCUCUCUCACUAGUAGGAUCAACACUAAGCUUCACUUGCAAUGGAGAGACAGUACCAGCAACCUGUGAGAGUGAUGGACGAUGGUCACCUGACCCCACCACUUACAUCUGUCCCUCGGAUGUCACCUGUGGCUUUCCUGUCGCACCUUCCAGAGGCAGUGUGGACGUUAAGGGCCGGACAUCACCCUUUUCGAUAGACUCAGUGGUAAAAUUAUAUUGUGACAAGGGACUAUUCCCAGCUGGUGAUAUGUCCAGUACGUGUGAAAAUGUGGGUGGAGUGGGAACUUGGAAGCCAGACACGAACAUCACAUGCAGAGUCAUGCCUGUCAACUGCUCUCUACCCAAAAAGCCAUCCAACGGAACUGUAGUAAACUAUGAGAGGUUGAAUGAGACAGUGUCGGAGGGAACAGUGCUGACUUACAAGUGUGACAAUGGACUCUCACUGGCUGGACCCAACACCAUCACUUGCACUAAUGCUGGUGUCUGGAGUAUUGAGCCUGAGGCAAUCGUGUGUGUACUUGAAUAUGAUAUUUCCACCACCUUAUCUACUGGUGCUGCUAUCGUUAUAAGUAUGAUCAUCACUUUCAUUGCGACUCUAGCCACUGGAUUCCUCACUGGACUCUUAGUGAUGCACCUUUGCUCCCGUAAGAAGGCAGCUGAAGGACAAGCUAACGUAGGACCCACUGUACCAGCUGGUCCUGUUUAUGAGGAGGUGUCACCCAAAAUGGAAAUUAAACUGAAAAGUAACCAAGCAUAUGAACAGUCAACCAGUGUAUACGUAUAGGACUGUGAAAGUUUAGCAUUAAUCCAGUGUCUGCAUUUAUAGCUUAUCAGUUGUAUGCGAUGUAUAUAUGUAUUAUAGAGCCAAGGUUUUAUACAUCAACUUAUAAUUAUAGCGUCUAGAUCUGUUGUUUGUAAUAUUAACACUUGAGAACUGAAUGUAAACAGUAACACAAAUCAAUGUGUACAUCUAGCUGUUCAUUAAACCAUCACAACU